AGAGUGUCCCUGUAGAUCCUCUUCUACUCCACACUUGUAUAUCACCGCACUUGUCCUGCGACCCCUCUUUUGUUCUACACUUGUUUGGCUGGCACCUCGGCAACCGACGCCCUCGCCUUCAUUCAACGUCCUCACGGGCAUCUGAAAAGAGUGGCGCCUCACAUCUCCAACCGCCCCUCGACUUUCGUGUACUUGCUGGCGAGAACACCCCAUUCAACUCUCCUUCCCUCCUCCUGCCCGCCACAUACGCUGUCACAAAAUAUAUCCCAGUCACACUCUUGUCCAGAGCAGCACACAAGCGUCACCCACCAACCACCAACGGCCCUCGGCUCGAAACAGCGCCCCGCGGCCUAUCUUCCAAGUGUCUCUUCACUCGCCGGCCACUACUAAUUGGCAAGCAUCCCCCUGCGGCGUAGAAGUAUCUGUUCAUGAUGCCAUCCAAAACCUUCGCUACCUCCGGUACGGAUCUCGUGGGCCAUUCCAUCGACAACGGGAGACUACGCUUCAUAGCUGUGCUGGGCGUCGGAGCGUACGGUGUCGUUUACCUCGCUCUUGACGAGUUCACCCACGAGUACCUUGCCGUCAAGUGUCUUCUCCGAGCUGGUCUCGAUGAACGGCAGAGGCACUUUCAGCGAAGAGAAAUUGCUCUGCAUCAACUGGCGAGCGGUCAUUCAAAUAUCGUCACUCUUCAUCGAGUGAUAGAAGAAGGAGAGUAUGUCUUUGUCGUGAUGGACUUUUGCGAUGAAGGAGACCUCUUUGGAAUGAUCACGGAAAAACAACGUUAUCUGGGGAACGAUGCUCUGAUCAGAAAGAUCUUUCUUCAAAUAAUCAGCGCGGUUGAAUAUUGUCACUCAAUGGGCAUCUAUCAUCGAGACCUCAAGCCCGAGAACAUCCUCUGCCUACGAGGAGGAGAAAAGAUAUGCUUGGCAGACUUCGGACUAGCAACGUCCGAGAAGAUGUCGACGGACUUUGGAUGCGGCUCCACCUUCUACCUUUCCCCUGAAUGCCAAGGUGGUCUCUUCGAACGGCUAGAGUCAUAUUCAACAGAGACGACCGAUGUUUGGUCAUUAGGGGUCAUUCUCGUCAAUUUGACCUGUGGCAGGAAUCCUUGGCGGCAAGCCUGUCCGUCUGACGAAACAUUUCGCGCCUACGUCCACAACCAUGACUUUCUGCGAACCAUCCUCCCCAUCUCUGUCGAAACCAACAAUAUCCUCAAAGGGUUGUUUGCUCUGGAGCCCGAAGAUAGGAUCAGCUUGAGGGAGCUAAAGAAGAUGGUCAUGAACGUGGAGAGGUUCACCAUGACGGACGAAGAGUUGAGGACUGCCCAUACUGCGGCGAGGCAAGCGGCGGCGGUUGUGCGUCAGCCCCCGCCGACGCCAAGUGGUCAGGAGAUUGCGUCCGUGAAAGAUGCUCUGCCGCCCAAGGUCUCGCUCAUCUCCCCCAUCGACGAGGUGGACGAAAUCGAUGACGAGGCCCUGGAUACUUUUGCUCAAGGGCACGACAAUGCCAGAAUACGAGCUUUACAGCAAUCCGACUACCGCUCUUCUAUAUCUGAAUCCUCUCCUCCUUCUCCCACUUGGUCGACCAUGUCUGCGGCCUCAUCGUUGUCAUCAGACAUGGAUGAUGGAGAAGUUUUCGCGCCACUCGAAUCUGCCACAUAUGACCCCAGCUCCGGAACUCCGCGUGUCAUGGACAUGUCUACCCCUCAGCUCCUCGAUGGUAACAACUCGUUCGACCUUCUGACUUCACGGUCAAACUCGAGUGAUGGGUCCAUGUUAUUCACACCCGAUGUUUGGGAUUUCAAAGUCGACGUUUCCGGGCUCGCCAAUAACGAUUUUAUUGAUUAUGCUAGGUGCGGGCAUAGCUUGAAGGGCGCAAAAGAUGGUUUUCUGCUGCAUCAGCAGGUAGAGGCCCCGGAGGACAUGGGCGCUUAUAAUGUUGGCGGCCAUUCUCCUUCAAAUUGCGCCAGACUUUUCGCGUAACACACCACCUAUUGCCUUAUAAUUGGUGUAGGACAUCGUGCAGAAUAUUGUAAAAGAGAUUAAUGACGUUUUGUGUGUUUAUAGAGUGUUGUUGGAUGCGGGUGCUGUUAUGCCCUGCUAUACGUUCAUACAUAUCCAUAGAUGUUGCUUUUGGGUGUUUGCUGGUAUAAUCUCCUUGUAUCAUCUAGUAUAGCCAUGGUCCACUCCAGGCUCGGCAGAAUGUAGACACGAU